AUGCCCAGCCUUAUGCAAAAAUUCUUGAAGAGUCCUGAGCAAGAAAAGAAGAUUGAUCAUCAAGGAACGGUAAUGUUAACAGAGGAAUGUAGUGCAAUCAUUCAAAUAAAUUGCCUCCCAAAGUUAAAAGAUCCAGGAGUUUUUCUACAUUCGCUUGUAAUAUUUGGAAAUCUUGAAAUUUUAAAAAAGCUUUUAGCAGAUUUAGGUGCAAGAAUUACAUCUUAUGUCCUUAUGAAGUUUUCAAGAACUGCUAAGGAUGGGAGAGCUGAAACCAAUAAGAAAUGUCUCCUACAUAUUGGCCGGAUUGAUCAAUCAAAAAAUAUCGAAGAAAGGAAUUGUAGAGAUGUAGUUCGUCAAGGAUUGGUAAAAUUUAUUUGCCCUGUUGAUUUGGUUAUUCUUGACAUUGAUGAAGAUAGAGAAGGAUCCCUAAAUCCUUAG